AUGAUUUUUGAUAACGUACGUUCUGUGUUCACCAAUUAUCCUGAAAUCAAUGAUCGUUAUCUUUAUGCGUGUUACAGUACCAUAAAUAAGUUUUGUGAAAGAUGUGUUAAUAAAGCGUUUGAAAGCGCUUUAGAAAUUAUUGCUAACAUGGGUGCCAUCACUUACGAUGACUUCUCUGGAAAAUAUAUGCGACAAAUGGGUUAUUUUGGAAAUAAAUGGCUCACCUGUGGUAACUUUACAAUUCAAGGUGGUUUGAACAGUAUAAUUAAAGAAAUGGAAUCAUGGAAUGCAUUACCACUUUUAAAAGAGUGGAUGUUCCAUGCAACCUUCAUUGGUCUACACUGCAGAAGGGGUACAGAAUUUUAUACAUAUGAAGUCUUGUGGAGUAUUCCAACCCCGGCUUAUCCUGAACCAUUAGUUACAGUCAGCGUAUUUUUUCACAUUUCGACGAACUCCAAUUAUCCCUCUCAUUAUCCUAUCGACAUUUUAUACCAAUUCGAAGGACAUCAAUUCUUACACAGACUAAACAUGAUCUUCAGGCCCAAGUGGCUUUACGACGUUCUAGAUAUGAAAUCGAUGAUGUCCCAAAGUUUCGAUUUCUAA